AUCUCAUCAUAAUCCCCUCCUCACUUUGUGAUCCUCCAUCCAUCCCUGUGUUUCCAUGUCUGAAAUCUCAUUUCUAUAAGGACACAGCCUUCAUCUUCUCCAGCUAGUCCCUUCCUUGCCCCCCCCCCCCCUCCUCCUCCUCUCUCUGAUCCCUGUGUCAGCCUAUGCACAUGAUCUGCCUAAACAGUGACAGAGGAAGAGCUGAUACACCCACAGCCCCUGUCAUCUGCUGACGAUCAGCUUAGAAACAAGCCAAGGAGUUCCAGCAUCGAUCUGAUUGAACUGAUUGUCCUAAUUAUCUGACCCCCAGCAUGUGACUUCACAGAUGGAACACAAGAAGAAGUCCAAGACUCAACAGUGAUCCUUGGGAACCCUGAUCAUUCGGAUAUUAUUGGGGGGAUCCAGCUGCUGCUUCUGGGGAUACAUGAAGAAGGACUGAUCAAUAGGUUGCCACCCUGAGAAAUGAAGAGUUUGCAGUGUGCUGGAUUCUUCCUGCUGUCACUACUGCUGGAGUGCACAGAAGCCAAAAAACAUUGCUGGUACUUUGAAGGUUUAUAUCCAUCAUAUUACAUAUGUCGAGCAUAUGAAGACUGCUGUGGAUCCAGGUGCUGUGUACGAGCCCUUUCCAUUCAGAGACUAUGGUAUUUCUGGUUUCUGCUGAUGAUGGGUGUUCUGUUUUGCUGUGGUGCGGGGUUCUUCAUACGAAGGAGAAUGUACCCUCCCCUGCUUGUUGAAGAACCAACAUUUAAUGUAUCGUACACAAGGCAGACUCCUGGCCCUCCACCAGGGCCUCAGCACCCAGGGAUGCCCUACUACUCAGAUCCAGGAGGAAUUCCAACUCCUGCUCCCUCUUUUCACAUGCAGCCGAACUCACCACAAGGGAACCCAGCAUUUCCACCUCCCCCUUCCUACUACAACACACCUCCACCACCCUACGAGCAAGUGGUGAAGUCUUGCAAAUGAAGCAAUUUUGCACUUGGCGAUAAUUUUUCUUAAAAUUGACUUUUUACAAUUGUUUCCACUUCACCAUGAGGAGGACUAUCCCUUGGCAUGAUACUUGCUCUGCUGGCAUCAAAGCAUUGUGUGCCUUGGCCGGGCCCAGGAAAUGGAACAAAUCUUUCUAGAAAAUGGUUGCAGUAUGACCAGUUCUCAACUGUUCAUGUUACCUUCUCAGCACAAGCAUGGGGUUUGAAGAAUAAAUGCAGUCCUAUAUUGCUGAAAAGGCUUCUUAUUUUAUUAUUUUUUUCUUUACACGUUCACGGUCUGUGGUUCUUUCAUUGUAACAAUGUUGGUGGUGUUCAGUACAUAUCUUUGCCUAUUAUACCUGAGAGUGCAAGCAGAUUUAAGCAGUAUGUACAUUUAAAGGCAUGUUCUUCAUGGAAACCAUAUUGGAUAACUUGUUGUUCUCAUCCCGUUUACAUAAAAAAUUGAAAAAAAAAGUAAAAUGUUGUAUGAUGAGACAUCUGUAACUGUACAUUUACAUUUAAAAAGGAAACUACCGGUACUUUGUUUGAGACAGGUGUUGGGCUUUUUGCACAAAUAAAAACUUCUGGCACAUCAAAA